AUGGGGUCUUAUCUCAUGGAUUUCUUUGAAGCCUUCCAUCGUCGAGUUGAAGUAAACAACCAUCUUGAUAUCUUGGACUCUAUUCCUUCAGUUUUAAACAAUGAAGAUCGAAUGAUGCUGGAUGCAAUUCCUUCUGAUUAUGAAAUCAAGGUUGCUAUCUGGGACACUGAUCUUGACAAUUCACCUAGCCUUGACGGCUUCACUGGUGCAUUUUUCAGAAAAUGUUGGGUUGUUAUUCAAAUGGAUGUUUGCAGAGCAGUGAAGAGUUUUUCUCAUCAGAUUAUGGCUUCUUGUAUCAGUGUAUAUCUCCCAAAUCUUAUUUCUCCUGAACAAAAAGCUUUCCAGCACGGAAAGCUCAUCCAAUCAAAUAUUGGUUUGGCCUCUGAACUUACAAAUUUAAUGGGUAAGACUGCUAGAGGGGGUGGUGUGGGUCUCAAGAUUGAUAUUAGGAAAACCUUUGAUACCAUAUCAUGGGAUUUUCUUUUCUUAACCCUUAGAAAAUUCGAUUUUUCUGAGUCGAUGAUUGGAUGGAUCCAUGUAAUUCUAAAGUCUGCUAGAAUCUCAACUCUUCUCAAUGGAGGGCCUAUCGGCUUUUUUGAGGCCAGCAGAGGCCUCAUGCAAGGAGAUCUGACUCUCUAA